AUGGAAAGAUUGAAUGAACUUACACUUGAAACAAAUGAUACUAGCAGUAGUAUUGAGGCGAUUAGUGAGAUGAGACAGUUGACUAAAUUGGGAAUUAAUGGAAUUCAAGAUAAUGAUAUGAGACAGAUUGGCAUGAUGAGUCAGUUGACUGAACUAGAUAUUGAGAGGUGUGAUAUUAGUGGAGAAGGAAUCAAAUUUUUGAUUGUAAUGCCUCAAUUGACCAGUCUUAACGGUGGUUACAAUUAUUUACAAUGUGGUGAUGCCAAGCUCAUUAGUGAAAUGAGCAAAUUGACCAAAUUAGAUAUCAACACAAACGAAAUAGGUACGGAAGGUGCAAAAUAUAUAUCCACAUUGAACCAAUUAACUGAGCUCGAUAUUGGAAACAAUAAUAUUUUGAGUGAGGGAGCAAAAUUUAUUAGAAACUUGAAGAAUUUGGUCAAGCUCAAUGUGGAAAGAAACAACAUUGGAGACGAGGGUGCUAAUUACAUAAGCGAAAUGAAACAGUUGACUGCUCUUGACAUUGGAUUCAACAUGUUUGGUUUUGAAGGAAUUAAAGCUAUCAGUCAAUUGAACCAUUUGAUAGAACUUUCUAUACAAGGCAAUGAAAUAACUAUUAAUGGAGUGAAAUUGAUUACUGAAAAGAAGAAUUUAACCUCUCUUAACCUUGGAAAUAUUUUCUACGAUACAAAAACUCCUGAACUUUCACAACUUGUAAGCCAAAUGCACCAAUUGACCACAUUGGACAUUGAAAAUAAUAACAUUGGACCAGAAGUAGCAAAUUUAUUAGCAGAAAUGAAAAAUCUCAAACAUCUCAACAUUGCAUUCAAUAAUAUUGAAAAGGAAGGUCUAUCUCACAUUACUCAAUUGACACAAUUAACAUCUCUUAAUGUUUGUGGAAAUCAAAUAGAUGAUGAAGGAGCUAAAAUUGUGAGCUCAAUGAAACAACUCUUAAAAUUGAAUAUUGAGGAGAAUUUUCUAAAUGAGGGCGGAUGUGAAACAAUUAUUGAGAUGCCUCAAUUGACACAACUUUAUAUUUCUUCCAAUCGAAUUGGAGAAAAACAAGUGGAAAUGAUUUGUGGAAAGAAAAAUUUGAGAGAUAUAAGGAUAUAG